AUGGCGUCUAGAAAUGAGAGUCGGCUUUCAACCCCGUUAAGGACCCUUUUCAUCAUCGCUUUCGCGGGUGCAGAGAUAUCAUCUCUUGGAAUGUUGACAGCCGGAUUUUACCCAACUUUGCCGGAAUGGCUGCUAUCGUACAUACCAUUUCCGGCUGGAUUAGUGCUUGCAGCAAUCUCUCUUCAUCACCCAUCCCUAGGCGUCCUAAAUACUUCCCCUUUACAUGAGGACAUAAAUGAGCAAUACUGUGUUCAUACCUUUUCGGAUACUCAUUCCAUUGGACAGGAAAUAUCGAUUGCCCAAGGAAAUGUCCGUGUCCAGGAAUGGUUCUUCCAAGCUCCAUGGAACCCUCUACUGGUGGCGCAUAUGGACCCUUUUCGUGAAGAUACUACCCGUAGAGUUCCAAGCUCUGCGGGUAGUCUUAGUAGCAAUGAUGGAGACGGCAAGUCUGCAAACUCAAGUACCGCUUCGGACGAUUCUGAGAGUCAGUCGGUUUGA